CUAUUUCUUCCCCAAAAGUCGCUUACAGAUUUUCCCAUUUGAAUCUUUCCUUUCCCCCUCUCAUCCGUGUGAAAAUUCUGUAAUUUCACUCCCACAACCUCUCGUCCAUUUGAAGCGGGAAGAAAGUGUUUCUGGUUUUUUUUUUUUUUUUCUGUUUGCUUAAUGGACAAGAAAGCUACUCCGGCUACUGCGACGGAUUGGAGAACGGAAAUCACGAAUGAAACUAGACUGCAAAAAUUCCGUUUAAUAUGUAUGAUGUUGAAUGAACAGUGGUCUGCUCACCAUGCUGAUGGCAUGAAUAUGAAAGCAAUUAGUGAGCUUGCGAGGGAACAUGAGAUGGAGUUGUUUAGUAUGGCGAAGUCUAAGGAUGACUAUUUGAAUGCUGGAACCAGAAAGAUGAAUAGGAGAGAAAAUCACCAUGGAAGCUCAAGCACUCAAGUAGCCGUGCCUAAUCCGCAAUAUCAUCAGUCAGCAGAGCCUAAUUCACUUUUGCGGCAACAUAUUCAGCCAACAACACAGCUACACAGACAAAAUCUGAAUGUCGGACAGACGCAUCAACAAUUUGGGAUGCACAAUCAAAGGCAUGUUAGUCCACAGAAUACAUUAAAUUCACAAUUCCAGAGACGAGAUUUUGGAAUUCAUCCGUCUCCAGAAAUGUUCACACAACAUCCAAACUUGGUGAACUUGCAGCCAAAUGAGAAUUUGACAACUCAAGUUAAAGAGGAAGUGAAUGGUGAAGGUUUUCAGGCCUCAAAAUCCUCACAUCAACACCAUACUGCGAUUGAGCAGUAUAAGCAACAACAGUCCAUGGGAGCUUCCGCAGUUCCAGAAGAAAUUCCAACUUCAGAAGAUUGGCAUGAUGUUGCAUUUGCUGAGAUGGAGCGGCUCAAGAAGACGUACUUGCCUCUUUUGGAGAAGGCAUGUGAACUGUCUCUGCAGGUUGUACAAGCAGAGCAGAUCCAGCAGCAGAAGCACGAUCCAUUGCGUGGAAUGAUGAAGUUUUUGCAAUUGCCUAGAGACAAAAUCAUCUUAACUUAUGACAAAGAGAAGUUUUAUCGAUGUUUGCAAACAAUUGAGAAAGUUGGAAAAGCAAUUAAGAGUAAAUUUAAUCUUGGUAAUAAGCAGCAGCCCCUUCAUGGUGGGCAGCCUGGCCCCGGUGGAUCUCGCUUAAACCCAGUUCAGCAAAGUAAUAGUGUGAAACUCCAUCGUCAACCAGUGAUCCGAGCCACAACUGGCUUUCCUGAUGGUACUUCCCCAAUAGCAUCACCAGAGAAAGGUUCUGUAAGGUCAGAAACUGAUUGUAUUCAGAUAAAUCUGUUGCAGAAUAGGCAACAUUUUGAAAACAUCGAGUCAGAAUUUCGGUCCCAGUGGUUACAGCCGAAGCAGAAUGCAACAGGAAACAUCCCAGCCAUUUAUAGAUCAGGAAUGUCUUUGAAUCAUUAUUGCUCAAACGUUUCUCCUCAAAUACAUGAGGCUUCACAGCUUUCUCAAUUUGCUGAGCGACCUCUUCCAACAAAUCCUUGCGGUUCUUCAUUGCAUGGAAGAGCUUCUCCAGCUCCAUCUUCCUCCAUAGUUAGGCUUGACAAAAGCUCUCCAAAUGUUUCCUACCUUUCAAGUUCGAACUUUCAAUUCCCUCAAAAUUGUAAUCCUCUUGAGUUUCUUCAUCCCAAAGCAGAAAUCGAAGUCCAGUCUCAGAAGAUUAGAAGCUCCAGUGCAAUGACCUCUCCGUUUGCAACACCUACUAGUCUUGGAAGCAAUGGGCAAUUGCCAACAGCAACUCAGGCUCAUAAUCGCUUACUUAAAGCCGUUGAGUCAUUAUCAAAUGAAGCACUGACAAUAGCUGUGUCUGGAAUAAGUUCAGUUGGGUAUAGCGAUGAUGCAAUGAUAGAUCCCUGGUGUCAUGCAAAGGUAACAGAUGUAAGGUUGCAAGACGGAUCCGGUUCCUCAAAUAAUAUGAAGCGCAAAAUAAAUGCAACGGCCUUAAACAACAUACCAUCGCCUUGCAGUGAUAUUACUGGCUCUGAACCAACAGUUACAUCAAGAAGAAAGAAGCUCAAGAAGCUGUCCGAUUAUUCCCUCUUAGAAGAAUUGAGAAACAUAAACAAGCAGUUCGUCGAAACAGUCUUGGAACUAGAUCUGGACGAGAGUCUCAAUCGAAAAUUAGCCAAUGCAGGUACGGUUCUUCGAUGCUCAUAUAGUGCUGCAACUGAGUGUAAAAAUUCAGAAGCCUGUCCUGUGAAGCUACCAGUACUUUCUGUGAAGUUGCUCGUUCCUCUUGAUUAUCCAGAAGACUACCCCGUGUUCCUAAGCAAAUUCAACACGAACUCCGGCAAUGUGGAUAAAGAAUUUAGAGAUCUGUCAAACGAAGCAACGUUGAUGUUACGUGCAUUCCUUCGCACUGCUCCGGAUUGCUUGUCACUUUUAGAGUAUGCAAGGGUAUGGGAUGAAUGUGCACGCUCUGUGGUAUCUGAGUAUGCUCAACGUGCGGGCGGGGGAUGUUUCAGCACUCAAUAUGGGACUUGGGAGGACACCGUCGCCGUUGCCCAAUCUCCCUUUAUUUUGAACUGAAUUCAACCCACCAGGUCGUAAAAUGGAUGAACUUUUCUUUCCCUUUUAAUAUAUAUAUAUGUUUAGGUUCACGUGGAUCUGAAUUUUAGUUAUGCUUAAAAUUUAAAACUAAAUGUUCUUUGAAUGGAAAAAAAAUGUUGAUAAUACUCCAAUUUUAGCAAA